AUACAUCUCUACUUGCAGGCAAAGGGUCACACUCUAAAAUCAUAUGAUCGAUUUGCAGUGAAAAUUUUUCAGACAGACGUCGGGCAGAAGGCAAAAAAGCACGGUUACACGUGGAUUUCUUUGGAACAGUUGAAUUUCUUUUCGGUUUCGUGCAAGUGAAAAAAAUCAGUCAAGAUGGCAUUGAGCGACGCUGAUGUACAGAAACAGAUCAAACACAUGAUGGCGUUCAUUGAGCAGGAAGCCAAUGAAAAAGCCGAGGAGAUCGAUGCCAAAGCCGAGGAGGAGUUCAACAUUGAGAAGGGACGCCUCGUGCAACAGCAGCGUCUCAAGAUCAUGGAGUACUACGAGAAGAAGGAGAAACAGGUGGAACUCCAGAAGAAAAUCCAGUCAUCCAACAUGCUCAACCAAGCUCGCUUGAAGGUACUGAAAGUGCGCGAGGAUCAUGUGAGCAAUGUCCUGGAUGAUGCCCGCAAACGUCUGGGCGAGGUCACCAAGAACGAGGGCGAAUACAAGGCCGUCGUGACCAAGCUGAUUGUCCAGGGCCUCUUCCAGGUGAUGGAGCCCAAGGUGACACUGCGUUGCCGCCAGGUCGAUGUGUCGCUGAUCCGCGACAUUCUGCCCCAAGCUGUCGAACAGUACAAAGCCCAAAUGAAGCAGAAUGUCGAUCUCAUCAUUGACGAGACAAACUUCCUCUCUGCUGAUACCUGCGGUGGUGUAGAGCUGUUGGCCCUCAACGGACGCAUUAAGGUGCCCAACACGCUGGAGUCCAGAUUAGAGUUGAUCUCCCAGCAGCUUGUGCCAGAGAUCCGUAACGCCCUGUUCGGCCGCAAUGUCAACCGUAAAUUCACCGACUAAAUUGUUAAGUGCAUGCAGAAGAUGAACAAGAAGAAGAAACCAACAACCAAUAAUACCAGCAGGAAAAGUUCAAGAUUAAUAUAAAACUCCACCCACAGCAAAACAAAAAAUCAACGUAAAACUCAUCCUCAUGUCAGGCCAUAGCCAGGUCUGGUGUCUAUGUAGGGAUUGUAUUCAAUUAUAAAUUAUAUUGCCGUUGUCUUUGUAUAGUUCUGAUUGAUCCUGAAACAAUCACACACUCAAGAGCCCCCUCCCCCGGCCCGUUUCGGUCUUCAGUUAUAUGAGAUAUCCAUACACCCACACCAUUUGCAUAUGUAUAUGUAUGCCAAUAAUUACUAUAUACAUAUAUAAAUAUUUUAGGCAUACACAAAAUCCUAUCAGCAUACGAAAAGAAAGAAAAGAAAAGCAAAAAGUGCAUUGUAAUACGAGUUUGUUAAAGUUUGUUCGUUUAUUUUUUAAACCUAAAUGUAUAUUUGCUGAACCACAGGCGCAUACACUUGAAAUAUUUUUUUGCAUACAUUCCUGUCCUUUGAUUUAUUCGUUUUCAACCCUCCCCUUGUUCUUUGCGUUAUUUACUAUAUUAUUGUACAUUAAUUUCUGUCGUCUAUAGUCUUUGUUAAACAAAUGUGUCUAUGUUUGUAAUUAUUCAUGUGCAGCAGUGUGAGGAGAUGCAGUAGCAGCAGCAGCAGCAGCAGUCACAGAUGCCACUGGUAGUCUGUGCAAACGUACACUCAGCAUUGUUGCCUGCCGGAGCACCGAAAUGGAUCGGAUAUCGGUCUGAUUUCGCUGAACCGAAGGUGACGUACGCUUGCGCAAUUGCCACUGGCACAGGAUACACGCAAAUAUCAUCAUUAAUCCUCAUUCAAUGUCUGUUGUUGGACACGUAACGAAUACACACAGUUACCAAAAUCAAAAGCAAGCACGCGCACCCAUAAACACAUCCGAAAACCCAACCGAAACUCACUGAUUGAAGUAUUGCCAAGUAUGGCCCAUAAGUAGCUAAAUUUGUUGACCCUCAAAUCCAGCUUCCACUCUACAAAAACCAUUUAAAUAUAUAUAUAUAUAUAUACUUAACUAAAGGAUAACUUAACAAAAACUAUAUAAAAAA